AUGGGGGGGCGCGGAGGAGACGCCGGAAGUAGCGGUGGUACGGAGCCGACGGAGGGGUACUCCCUGCCCGCGGCGUCCACCCGACUGGCGGCGAAAGCCAAGGCCCGAGGGGGUGGGCGUGGCGGCCGCCGAAACACAACAUCCCCUGUUCCCUCUUCUGGCGGAGCGGCGCCCCGUUGCUCCCCUCCACCAGCUGCCAUGAGCGAGCGCCUCCGCCCCAGGAAAAGGAGAAGGAACGGCAAUGAAGAGGACAACCAUCUCCCCCCCCAGACCAAAAGGAGUAGUCGGAACCCUGUCUUUCAAGAUUCCUGGGACACAGAGACAGUACCUGUAACAAGAAACAGUAAAGAAAACAGACUAAGAGGAAGCAGAGUGCUCUACGUGUCUUCCAGCAGCGAGAGUGGCGGGAGCAGCAGCAGCAGCAGCAUCAACAGCCCGGACAGGGCAAGUGGGCCAGAGAGCGGCUUAAACCAGACCAUCACUGGCUCCAGCCCCAACACCCCCCAGCCUGCCCCCGAGCAGUCUGCGCUUUGCCAAGGCCUUUACUUCCACAUCAACCAGACCCUGAAGGAGGCCCACUUCCACAGCCUACAGCACCGAGGACGGCCUCCGACAUGAUGCUCCGGCAGAGUCUUGCCUUCUGUGAAGGGACAGCGCUGUGCAGAGUGGAUACUUCAACUUAACGAUCUGUUUUAAAGAGUUGCACAAAAAAAAAUGCCUGUUGGCUUUUCAGUCUAUAUUUGAGAUAACAGGUUAACAGGCAGUUGUUUACUUGUGGUUUUGCUGCACUAUUGCAAUUUCAAAGGGGCUUUGAAGCAAUUUUUUAUAGGAUUCUUUUGAGGGUGGGUAUCAAAUCCAUGUCAAGGUAAUGGUAUGAGGAAGCCUCAUCUGCGUGUUGAACCCAUAGUAUGUCCAGUUCAGAGUGAUUUCCAAACCUGUCAAUUACAAGUUCUUUGUGUACAAAGGCCUUUUAAAAUGCGGGAACUUCAAUUUUUUAAUUCAAUAAACUAGUAAAGUGUCUAGUUUCCAUGAAAAAACCUAAGUUUUUUUUUUCCAAAACAGAGAAAGCUUGAUUCAGUCUUGCACUGAAAUUAACUGCCAUACUACCUCUUAGUAUGUAGACGUCCUGUGGAAAGUAUUCUCUCCUUUGUAACAGGAGAGCAAUCAGAUCCAAUUUAGACCCACUAAGGGAAGCACCCUCCCUCUUUGUUAUAUAUUUGUAUUUCCAGAGGGAAUGUCUUUGCAGACUCUUGUAUACCCAGAUAACCUGUGUAUCAUUAUUCCUCCAGAGUCUGCAUUUCAGACGUAGAAAACAUUGCACAGUUCCCAAAAAACGGGAAAUCCGUGACAACUGUGUCUUACCCACAGACUUCCUUCCGCAGCUCACGUGAUCUCAUGGUAGUUUGACUCCGCUGUGUCGAGAACUAAGGCACUGAUGGAUGCUGAUAGAGUGUAAGCUACCUGAACUGAUGUCUAAAGUAACAAGUACAGUGAAGCUACUGGAUAAGGAUUCAUCUUACACUUCACGUCACUCCUAGCAGUAACUAGGGGGCCACAUUCCAUCCCUGAAACCGGAAAGAUCGGUACGGCUUAGAAAGCAAUGAGCAGAGGCACCUUUAGAAGAAAUAAUAGUGCAGUGUUUAUUUAGAGAGUGACGGAGAUGUUUCCAUGCUAUUUAGUCAUACUGGAGAGCCAGCCGAGUUUGAAUAGUGAUGGCGUGGACGUGUCUUCCUCCUCAUUGACAAGCUGUCUGAACAGGGAGCCAGGGUGCGUCGGGUCAUCUGCUCUGGAGAGAGCCGGGGGUACAACCUGCCAUUGGAUGCAGAGAAAGUGCCUUAGAGUCCCACUGAAUCCUCCUGCCUGCUCACACCCUCUAGUCCACUCUACGCGGAAGCCCACACAGCACGCACGACAGAUCUGAGAAACAUGGAUAGCUUUAGUAAGAGGACUUUGCUGUUUGUCAAGAUUUGAAAAAGACAUAGGGAACAGAAUGAGAUUGGAAAAUGAGGACUGUCUUAGGAAGAGGGUAAACGUGCGCACCUCCUUUCCAUGGUCUGAGCCUUUGAUAUGGAUAGAAUUUAAAGGUCAGUUACUUGAAGUGAGAAUUUAGUGUCACAGGGAAAAAGCUGGCACGCCCCACUGGAUGGAGCGGAUGGUCUGCACAGGAACUUUUUCUUCUUCUACCGUCAUCUCCCGAGUUUAAAACUAGAUGUUUGAUGAAGAUUUUGGACCUUAAUGGGAUUGAUGGCAGGGAAUAUGGAAAGGAUACACUGCUAAUACUUUGUCUAACAAUAAAGCAAACCACCACCAAAUGCUAUAAAAAGACAAGCUGUUUGAGCUCUCAAGACACACGUGUACACAACACACUUCAGAAAUACCCAGGAGGACUCCUGCAGGUUUAAUGGAUGCCGUCCUACUGAAACAGAAUGUGUAUUAACAAGAACAUGUAAAACUUGAGAGCAAAUUUCCUUUUAUUUCCCACCCAACUAAAAGUUAUGGGUGGGGGUUGGACUUCUCUGUAGCCCAAAAUAAACAAUUUUUUUCCAAAGAAGUACCAUCACAGCGCUGGGUUGGCCAUUGGCUCAUUUACCCUAUUAGUACAAGAGAUGAUCUCCAUCCUGUCCUCUAGAUUUUCUGCAGCCUUGUGGCAGCCUGAAAUCCAUUUCACUAUGAGGCUACUUGAUAGUGUAAAUGGGCAUCUUUUAAAACUUCUAUUAGCUCAACCUAGUAAGACCUUGUACUUCUCUAUUGCGCCGCCAUUAAAAGCUGCAUUAGUGCAUUUUGUCAUUCA